ACUAAAUAUAGCAAAUGCCAAGAGGCGGUGCUGUGCUGUGUGUACGACUCUGAAUACAACAGCGCAUGCUUUAAGUGAAGUAGUCUGAAGGAGUCUUCUUAAUAAUGUCUCUAUUUUAUAAACGGAUCGUUUCGGGAGCUUUGAGCGCACAUCUUAUGAGACUACCAGUCUUGACUCAGAGGUUGGUAGUGAGUGACUGUGGCAGCAGAAACCCCAACUUCAACCCCAGCAGAACCCAGUCCGGCAAGAGCUACAAUGUUCCGCCGAGUGCGGAGUUCGUUGCGAGGGUCUCCGGCAUCGCUACGAUGGCCAAACUACCGUACAGAGAGACCGCAGAGGGUCUCUACGCGGCGUUUGUUGGCGUGCCCAUUGAUACUGGAACCUCCAACCGACCAGGAGCACGGUUUGGUCCUCGACAAAUAAGGGCAGAAUCUGCGAUGUUGAGGGCGUACAACAGCUGGACUAGGGCAGCCCCCUACGAGUCCAUCAUGGUGGCUGAUAUUGGGGACAUUAACGUCAAUGUCUAUGACCUGAAGGACACCUGCAAACGCAUCCGAGAGGGCUACCGUAAGAUCGUGGCCACCGGCUGUAUCCCUCUCACUAUGGGGGGGGACCACACAAUUGCCUACCCAAUCCUUCAGGCUGUUGCUGAGAAAUAUGGCCCGGUGGGUCUGAUUCACGUGGACGCCCAUGCGGACACCAGCGACAUAGUGCUGGGGGAGAAGAUCGGCCACGGGACCCCCUUCAGGCGGUGUGUGGAGGAGGGGCUUCUAGAUUGCAAGAGAGUCGCCCAGAUCGGCCUGAGGGGGAGUGGCUACUCGCCUGAUUCUUAUGAGUGGAGCCGUGCGCAGGGUUUCCGUGUCGUGCAAGCAGAAGAGUGUUGGUUCAAAUCCCUGGAACCUCUGAUGGUCGAGGUCAGGGCUCAGAUGGGCAGUGGGCCGGUGUACCUGAGCUUCGACAUCGACGCUCUAGACCCAAGUUUCGCCCCCGGAACAGGCACACCUGAGAUAGCAGGACUGACCACCAUACAGGGGCUGGAGAUUGUGCGGGGCUGCCGUGGGCUCAACCUGGUCGGGUGUGAUUUGGUAGAGGUGUCUCCAGCGUAUGACACGACAGGAAAUACAGCGCUGACUGCCGCAAAUUUGCUUUUUGAAAUGAUGUGUGUGCUGCCGAAAACUAAAUAUUACCCAAAAUAAUACAUUCUGAAUCCUUCUUCUACAUUUCAUCAAAUCAACACAAAUUUCAAGUGUGAAGGUGUGAGAUUUUUGUGGAAUAAAUACCUUUUCACUAAAUCAUAAAUGUAAAAUUAGAAAGCAUUGCUUAUGACCAGCAAGAGAAUAUAUGCACAAUCUGAGACUAAUCAAAUUAAACUCAUCGAUGCCUUUUACAUUUCAUUUAAUAGUUAUAAUACCAAAAGACAAUGUUUAUGGGCACUAUAAAACAAUAACCACAUCUUGAUAAUAAAUCCAUGUAAAACAUGAACUGAUCUUUCAUAUCACAGAUUUUUUUUCCCUUUAAAAUACCGAUCUAUAGGUUUGAUAAAUAUGUACAAUAUCUACAGUUCACAGUAUUGACAAUAACGACAUUAUAGGGGUACACAUUUGCAAGAGCACACAAAAAAUGAAUGUUUUCUUUGCCUAAUUCAUUCAACAUGAACGUGUUUGUACAUGCCAGAUUAUCGAAGACUUUGAAAAGUUUUGCGACAAUGAAAUGCACGGCCAGUGCCAUUAGUCAUCAUUUCAUGUCAUAGCUUCUACUUAACAAAACAGACGAAACACUGUCUACAUAUUGUACAUUUUUUGUGAUCCAUCAGGAUGAUCAUCGAUAAUGCCAAGCCUAGGGUAAUAUGAAGGCAUUGUCGUUAACAGCAACCGCUAUAUUGCACAGGCAGGGAAAAUCCGCAUUCAGGAAAUCUGAUCAAAGAAAUGCCAAAAAAAUGCUAAAAGAAGGCUAGUGCAAGAGACAUGCAUCUCCAUUCACAGUUUUCUUCAUUCAAGACUAAGACAGAUAGAAAAUCUUGCCUAUAAUAUUUGUUUUGAUUAUGAUAUUAUGUAAUAUGCUUUUAUGAUGUAAUGUAAUCAUUAUGGAGGCAAAUACAACUAGUUGACCACAGUGAUUUGUUUUCUGGUUUUAAAGGCUAUAGC